AGCCUUUUAAUGUCAGAAUGGCUCACAUAAAACGACUAAUAAAAUUACAUCUUAAAAGAUAUUACCAUAAAAAGUUUUGGAGACUUGGUGCAGUGAUUUUUUUCUUUGUAAUAUUUUUGAUUUUGAUGCAAAGAGAAGUAAGUGUUCAAUAUUCCAAAGAGGAAUCAAAGAUGGAAAGUAACAUAAAAAACAAAAACAAGAUGUUUGACUUUAUGCUAGAAGCUGUAAACAAUAUUAAAGAUGCAAUGCCAAAAAUGCAAAUAGGAGCACCUGAUAGACAAAAGAUAGACACUGCUGAGAGACCCUGUUUGCAAGGAUAUUAUACAGCAGCAGAAUUGAAACCCAUUUUUGAUCGCCCAGCUCAGGAUUCAAAUGCACCUGGGGCUUCAGGUAAAGCAUUCAAGACGACCAAUUUAAGUAUUGAAGAGCAGAAAGAAAAAGAACGUGGAGAAGCAAAACAUUGUUUUAAUGCUUUUGCAAGUGACAGAAUUUCUUUACACCGAGAUCUUGGACCAGACACUCGACCUCCUGAAUGUAUUGAACAAAAAUUUAAGCGCUGUCCUCCCCUGCCUACCACCAGUGUCAUAAUAGUUUUUCAUAAUGAAGCGUGGUCCACGCUUCUUAGAACUGUCCACAGUGUGCUCUAUUCUUCACCUGCCAUACUGCUGAAGGAAAUCAUUUUGGUGGAUGAUGCUAGUAUAGAUGAGUACUUACAUGAUAAACUAGAGCAAUAUAUAAAACAAUUUUAUAUAAUAAAAAUAGUCAGACAAAAAGAGAGAAAAGGUCUGAUCACAGCGCGGUUGCUAGGAGCUUCGGUAGCAACAGCUGAAACGCUCACAUUUUUAGAUGCUCACUGUGAGUGUUUCUAUGGUUGGUUAGAACCUUUAUUGGCCAGAAUAGCUGAGAACUUCACUGCUGUCGUGAGUCCAGAUAUUGCAUCCAUAGAUAUGAACACGUUUGAAUUCAAUAAGCCUUCUCCUUACGGAAGUAACCAUAACCGUGGAAAUUUUGACUGGAGUCUUUCAUUUGGCUGGGAAUCACUUCCUGAUCAUGAGAAGCAAAGAAGAAAAGAUGAAACCUACCCAAUUAAAACACCCACUUUUGCAGGAGGCCUUUUUUCUAUAUCAAAAAAAUAUUUUGAACACAUUGGAACUUAUGAUGAAGAAAUGGAAAUUUGGGGAGGUGAAAAUAUAGAAAUGUCUUUCAGAGUAUGGCAAUGUGGUGGGCAGUUGGAGAUUAUGCCUUGCUCUGUUGUUGGACAUGUUUUUCGCAGCAAAAGCCCCCAUACCUUUCCAAAAGGCACUCAGGUGAUUGCUCGCAACCAAGUUCGACUUGCGGAAGUCUGGAUGGAUGAAUACAAGGAAAUAUUUUAUAGGAGGAACACAGAUGCAUCAAAAAUUGUUAAGCAAAAGUCAUUUGGUGAUCUUUCAAAAAGAUUUGAAAUAAAGCAUCGCCUUCAAUGUAAAAAUUUUACAUGGUAUCUAAAAAAUAUUUAUCCAGAAGUGUAUGUGCCAGACCUGAAUCCUGUUAUAUCUGGAUAUAUUAAAAGUGUUGAUCAGCCUCUAUGUUUGGAUGUUGGAGAAAAUAAUCAAGGAGGCAAACCCUUAAUUUUGUAUACAUGUCAUGGACUUGGAGGAAAUCAGUACUUUGAAUACUCUGCUCAACAUGAAAUUCGACAUAACAUCCAGAAGGAACUAUGUCUUCAUGCUGCUCCAGGUUUUGUUCAGCUAAAGGCAUGUUCCUACAAAGGUCACAAGACAGUUGCCACUGGAGAACAGAUAUGGACUAUCCAGAAGGAUCAACUUCUAUAUAAUCCAUUCUUUAAAAUGUGCCUUUCAGCAGCUGGAGAGCAUCCAAGCUUAGUGUCAUGCAAUCCAUCAGAUCCACUUCAAAAAUGGAAUUUUAACCAAAAUGAUUAAGUGUUCCUUAAAAUUAAGGAGUUAAAAAAUGAGAUAUUUUUUCUCAUAAAACUGUGACUAGGCAUACACUGUAGUUUUUGAAAAUUAUGCAAAAGCAGCUAAUUAUAACUUAUUCCAAGUGCAUUUUUCUUAUUUAUACCUUAAAAUGUCUCCGUAGCACUGCUACAAAAAAAGUCCCUAAAGCCUCCAUUUCAAAGCACAAUAACUAGUCGUACCAAAGACUAUUUGAAAUGUACAGAUAUAGGAUAUGUUUACAGUAUGACAAAAAGAAUUUUUUAAGUAAAGUGAUAUUUGUGUGAUA